CCUGCUACAUGGCAGUAUGAUCCCAACUGUGGUGGUUGCACGGAGGCCAAAAUUGCCAACAUGACCAGUGCCAAUGGUCCUGUUUGCAUGAGCUACUGCCAGUAUGUGGGAACUGCGGUCUGGCAAUAUGACCCAGAUUGCCAAGGAUGCACCCAGGUGCGCUUGACACAAGACUCCAAGGGAGAGUGCAAGGACUACUGCCAGUACGAGCCUUCGAACGUAUGGCAGUACGAUGCUAAUUGUGGAGGAUGCACCCCUUCUAGCUAACGCUUUGUCAACCAUUUUGGGCCAGGCAUUCAACAUCUUGCGAUGUUCGUUAUUAGCCGUUACAGGAGGCUCAAGCUUCUUUUGCCCAAGCGGUUCAGCAUUGAAAACCCAUAGGCUGAGCCCUUUACUUACUCGCUAGCAUGGCUUUUGUCUUCGUUCUCGGAUGCCUCACCCUGGCAGCUGCGGAGUGUGGCGGCUCCUGCCAGGCCAGGUGAUGUGGCGGCAGGAGAUCGCAGAGCAUGAAGAAGUUUUGGAGAUGAACACGGAGCUUUUGCAGGUGAAGGUUGAGCUGUCGAAGAAUCAGCUUGACCUUGCAGAUACGGCGGAGAGAGGCCUCCGGGCGGCAGCCGCAACGACAGGCGGAAACUGCGAGAGCUGGUGCCAGUAUGAGGGGACUGCCGCAUGGCAGUAUGAUCCCAAUUGUAACGGCUGCACAUCCUCACUCAUUCAACAGUUUGCAGCACAGGUGCCGGGAGUUUGUGCCACCUGGUGCAAGUAUGAGGGACCUGCUACAUGGCAGUAUGAUCCCAACUGUGGUGGUUGCACGGAGGCCAAAAUUGCCAACAUGACCAGUGCCAAUGGUCCUGUUUGCAUGAGCUACUGCCAGUAUGUGGGAACUGCGGUCUGGCAAUAUGACCCAGAUUGCCAAGGAUGCACCCAGGUGCGCUUGACACAAGACUCCAAGGGAGAGUGCAAGGACUACUGCCAGUACGAGCCUACGAACGUAUGGCAGUACGAUGCCAACUGUGGAGGAUGCACACCCGCCUCUUUGUCUCAGGGCGUUGCUCAGGAGUCUGAGCAAAAUUGCAAGGGGCACUGCAAAUUUGUGGGCGCUGCUGUUUGGGCCCGUGAGGCUGAUUGCCGUGGCUGCCAAGCUUCGCUGAUGCAGCAGCACACAGCACAGGUGCCGGGAGUUUGUGCCACCUGGUGCAAGUAUGAGGGACCUGCUACAUGGCAGUAUGAUCCCAACUGUGGUGGUUGCACGGAGGCCAAAAUUGCCAACAUGACCAGUGC